AUGUCUCACUCCAUAUCUACAAGCGAAAUUCACAUUUCACCUAUCACUAAUCCAACUCCAACCAAAGACGAAUCAAAAUCUUUUACAGGUCACCCUAACUAUGGCGACAAUGGAGGCCAGCCUGGUACUGAGAACAUCGACGUAUGCUACAUUCCGCCGCUGCAGCUGAAACCUUGCACUGAGGGGUGCAAAGCGAGUCAAGUGCGCUGCAUGAGUGAAUGUAAUGUGCAUGCGGAUGAGUGUGGAAUACCCUAUACGGUGAAAUGUUCAUCUGGAUGUACGAACGGCCUUGGUUAUUGCAUGGACUACGAUAGCCGACAGCAAGAAUUGCCCCCCGUCAAAUGGAAUAAAGCCCAUUCAUCCAAGCACAUGGUUUAUACGCCGGUUUACGUAAUUAUGACUACACAAAUUGCGCAAAUCAAUGUCAAUCUUCAAUUGUACAUCACACUGAAGCUGACACAAGCUAGCCAGUGGGAAGCUGUUGGUCCUUUUACAAUUGUAGCACCAUAUCAUAAGAAAAUCAGUGGUCCGCUUGUGAUCAUGGCCGAUGAAGCGUAG